AUGAAGACAAUUUAUGAGUCAAGCGACAUCUUUCCUUGGGAUCCUAAGCAGAAGCAAAAACAAAUGUUCCACGAACAUGCACGCUUCUUGUUGAUCACUCCCGACUCACAAGAAGAGGACAUAAGCUUACUUAGCGCAGAAGACGUCCUUGCGUAUGCAGUCUUCAGAUUCGAGAGGGACGAGGGGAGAAACGUUGUUUACGUUUAUGAACUACAAACCAGUGGAGGCUCUCGUCGUUCCGGUCUUGGGAAAGCACUUAUUGAGAACCUGGAGUCGAUCGGGAGAGACUUCAGGAUGUCCGGAAUUAUGCUGACUCACAUAAAGUUGAACGCAGAGGCCGAAACAUUCUAUAAAUCUUUAAAUUUCAAAGUAGAUAUAACAUCCCCAGAUUAUGAGAGGGAAGUGACAGAUGAUAGUGGUGAAGGUGAUGAUGACGAUGAGAAGGAUUCUGACUCGGACGACGGCUAUUCGAUUCUUUGGAGAUCUAUACAGCGAAAUAAAUAA